GUUAAUUCACACAAUCAACAAUGCCAGCAACUACAAAGACUAUGAUGGCCUCGGUCUUCAAAGGACCAAGAGACAUCCAAUUGCAACAAGUCCCAAUCCCUGAGAUCCAAUCUCCAAAAGAUGCUAUAAUCAAGAUCAAAGCUACUGCUCUUUGUGGAACUGAAUUACACAUGUAUAGAGGUGAUGUUGUACCUAAAAAUGCAGAUUAUAUCACUGGCCAUGAAUUCAAUGGUACAGUUGUCGCUGUUGGUGAUGAUGUUCAUGAUUUCAAACCUGGUGAUGAUGUCCUAAGUACAUUUACAUCUCAAUGUGGUGAAUGUUGGGCUUGUAAAGAUGGACUAAGUAGUUCAUGUAUUGACUCAAAAGUGUUUGGAACUUGGGCUUUGAAUGGUGGUCAAGCUGAAUAUGUUCGUAUUCCUUAUGCUGAUUCUGUUUUAUAUCCAUUGCCUUCACAUAUGAAUCCUUACACUGCUUUAUUGAUGAGUGAUAUUUUCCCAACUGGUUGGUUAUGUGUUAAUAAUUAUUUGAAAAAAAUUGCAUAUGAUCCUAAAAGAAUUGCUAAUGACGUUAUUUUACAACUAGGUGCAGGUCCUGUUGGAUUAUGUUGUGUUGCAGCUGCUAAGGAAUUGGGUAUUCAAAAGUUGUAUAUUGCAGACACUGUGGAGUCAAGAUUGGUUGAAGCUGAAAAACUAGGUGCAAUUCCAAUAAAUUUGAAUAAUGUUAAAGAUGUACCAGGCUUUAUCAAAUCCAAAACAAUAGCAAAUCGUGGGGCAGAUGCGAUUUUUGAAGUUGUUGGGAAUGCUGCAGCUUUAAGAUUAGGUUUUAAUUCUGUUCGUUCUGCUGGAUUUAUUAGUUCAAUAGGUUAUCACCAUGAACCUUUACCAAUGGAUGGAUUAGAAUGUUAUUUGAAAAACAUCUCGUUACAGUUUGGUCGUUGUCCAGUUCGUUCUAUAUUUGAUGAUUCUUUCAAGGUUUUCCAAAGAGUUGCACAUAAAUUUGAUGAUUUUAUUGAUAUGAAGCUGCCAUUAUCACAAGUGUCGGAAGCAUAUGAGAUUUUUGACCAGCACAAGGCUAGAAAAAUCGCUUUUACAAUGG